AUCAUAUUGGUUUUCAACAAGGAAACACGAUCAAAAGUCCUAAUAUAAUCAGAGCUUCCACUAAUUUUCUUGUCAUAUCAACGGUACACAUGGGACUAAAUCCACAAUGCUGGCCCAUCAAAGAGAAGAUAUUUGUAUUCUUCUGUCGGGGCGUUUACGAAAGAAGGCCAACUAAACCGCGAACACCAAGACUACAUUACCACAAUCAGGACCAAAACCACUCGUACGCCUUCUUUCACACGGAAAAUGACCUGCGUUCCUUCUUCAUCACAAUUGGCAGGAGCCGGCUGCAUCAUCUGGACUGGUUUCUAGUGGAUAGCAUGGGGAAAUUCGUACGUAACGGAACCCCCAUCUACGAUUACCACACCAGCUACGAUUGUGUCUAUAAAGAGAACCACUUUUUACACAAACUGCUUAAAGAAUGCGUUGAUAAAGCACCCAGGCUCAACACGACCUUAGAGCUAUAUCCCGAUUUGAUGGUCUUGCAUUUUCCCCAGACAAAAGCUCCAACCUAUACGGUAUCCGUUGGAGAAAACUUGCUAUAUUUCAACUGGCUGAUCUGUUUUCUUGGCUUAUUCCUCCUGUUUUGCUGCCGGUUUAUUAAAUAGACCCAUAAAUUCCACACAA